UGGAGAUGCACACCAUCAGCUCCAAGGUGUUCGGAGACAUCCUGGACUUCGCCUACACGUCGCGCAUCGUGGUGCGGCUGGAGAGCUUCCCGGAGCUCAUGACGGCCGCCAAGUUCCUACUGAUGCGCUCCGUGAUCGACAUCUGCCAGGAGGUCAUCAAGCAGUCCAACGUGCAGCUCCUCGUGCCCCCUGCACGCCCUGACAUUAUGCUGUUCCGUCCGGGGGCUGCUGACCUCGGCUUCCCUCUUGACAUGACCAAUGGUGCCGCUUUGGCACCCAAUGGCAAUGGCAUUGCUGGCAUGCCUGAAGACGAAGCCACGCGGGCUGCGCUCACGGCUGCGCAAUCCUCCCUACCUGUCCUGCAGGGUGUGGACCGCCUGCCCAUGGUGGCGGGACCUCUGUCCCCACCGCUGCUGGCCUCACCCUUCCAGAAUGUUGCUGCUAGUGCCCCCACUUUAAGCACCAAGAGGGGCAGAGGGCGUCCCCGUAAAGCCAAUCUCUUGGACUCCAUGAUGUUUGGUACCCCAGGGGGCCUGCGAGAGGCUGGUAUCCUGCCUUGUGGUCUCUGUGGGAAAGUAUUCACGGAUGCUAAUCGUCUUCGGCAGCACGAGGCUCAACAUGGGGUGACAAGCUUACAGCUGGGCUACAUAGACAUCCCACCCCCACGACUGGGUGAAAACGGUGUUCCUGGUCAGGAUGACCCCGAUGCACCUCGAAAAAGAAGCAGGACAAGGAAACAGGUGGCAUGUGAGAUCUGUGGCAAGAUUUUUCGGGAUGUGUACCACCUGAAUCGGCACAAGCUGUCACACUCUGGCGAAAAGCCUUACUCUUGUCCGGUGUGUGGCUUGCGGUUCAAGCGAAAAGACAGGAUGUCCUAUCAUGUUCGAUCGCAUGAUGGCUCUGUGGGAAAGCCCUACAUCUGCCAGAGCUGUGGAAAAGGCUUUUCCAGGCCAGACCACUUGAAUGGACACAUCAAACAGGUGCAUACCUCAGAGAGACCUCACAAAUGUCAGCAGGAAAAUGGCAGCCACCAUGGAAUAAGCUCAGAGACAUCCACAUCCAUAGAAAAGUUGAAACUUCAAGAGACUUGUAAUGCUUCCUUUGCCACUCGGGACCGGCUGCGCUCACACCUGGCAUGUCACGAAGACAAAGUUCCAUGCCAGGUGUGUGGGAAGUACUUGCGAGCAGCAUAUAUGGCAGAUCACUUGAAGAAGCAUAGCGAAGGACCAAGCAAUUUCUGCACUAUCUGUAACCGAGAAGGCCAGAAAUGUUCACAUUCGGACCCGAUUGAGAGUUCUGAUUCAUAUGGAGACCUCUCUGACACCAGUGACCUCAAGACUCCUGAGAAACAGAGCACCAAUGGGUCCUUCUCCUGUGACCUGGCAGUCAGCAAAAACAAAAUGGAGACAGAAGGAGAGAAGAAGUACCCGUGCCCUGAAUGCGGCAGCUUUUUCAGAUCAAAGUCUUAUCUGAACAAACACAUACAGAAAGUUCACGUCAGGGCCCUUGGUGGCCCACUGGGGGACCUGGGUCCUGCUCUAGGAUCCCCCUUCUCACCCCAACAGAACAUGUCUCUCCUGGAGUCGUUUGGGUUUCAGAUCGUCCAGUCAGCAUUUGCAUCAUCCCUAGUGGAUCCAGAGGUCGACCAGCAACCAAUGGGGCCAGAGGGGAAAUGAGAUCAGCUGGAUCUUAACAAAACAGAGCAGCAGUCUGGCUAUAAUGAUAAGAUGCUGUGAAUGAAAGAGGAAAUAAUGAAAUUUGGUUCUAUAGCUGAGAAUUUUUUAUUCAUUUUAGUUUCCCUCUUUGUCUCAUGCCCUACCCCACCUUUAAACCUUCACUGGGGAGAGGGAGAAAAUGCUUCUUUAGCUGAUAAAUUACAGAAGAUGGUGGCCUUGAAUAGGAGGUAUGACCCAAAACAAAUGGAGCAUUAGAGGCUGCUGCUGGUGUUUUCUUUGUGUUCUUCGAGAGUAAUCAAAAGUUACCAGCACUGGUCUGAGAAUGAGACAGUCCUAGUAACCGAGGCACCUCGGGAGCUGCAGCUACAGGGAGCUGUGAUUUUGUUCUCUCUCUAUUCCCCUGCCCUCCCUAAACUCCACCAGAAAAACAGUAAGUUUAAAAAACACACCCAUUAUUGAAUAUAAUGUUGAAUAAAAUGCCCCAUGGUUCCUAGCAGGUUACAAUGCAGUUGUCCUUUUAAAACCAGAAACAUUUCAAGAAGGUGAGAGAAUUUGAACCCCUUCUGCCUUUGUGAGGCUGUGAAUGCUGCAGCAGGACUGAACUGCUGAAAAAAAUCACCUUUCAGAACAGGUUGUUUUUAUUACUUUUGACCAUUAAACUUGCUGUCAGGUUUUUAAUUCUUUAUUAUUAUUAUUUUAGGACCUGUUGUAGUGAAUUGCUACUGAAAAGCCAGUCUAAGGCGAUACACAGAACACUCACAAAGCAGCAGUCACAUUAGGGUUAGUAUUAAUUUUUUUUUUAGAUGUACCAUAAUUAAUAACUUGGCUAGUUGGUUGUUUUAAGUCUAUGAAAGAAAUAGUUUUUAUGAAAAAAAAAAAAGAAAAAAAAAAAAAAAGGAAGGAAAAAUAUCCUUACAGUCUGGUUGACUGGUGCUCAUUUUUCAUGUGGGGACCUAGGGGAUGAACACGAUCAGCUAUCGGGUUAACACUAUGUACCACUGACUUGUUUAGUGUGAAUAAACCCAGGGGUUCACAGAGUGAUUUUGGUUUAAUUGGAUUGGACUCUAUUAAAGAAGUUAGUAUGUUACUUUGCAUCCCCUCGUUUUGUCUGGUUUUUGAGCAAUUUAGCCACCUGUCCAAAAGGUGUGCAAAUGAGAGCCAGUAAAUAAUUUGUGAAUCCCACUCUGCACUGUUCUGUAUUCUCAUUGAGCUGGGCUUUUUGGCCACAGUUGUGCUCUCUUGAUCUGUCUGUAGUCAGGUUUGCAAAAGCCACUGUUACUCCUUUCUUUUACAAAUGAGGUGGGAAUUGCAAACAGCAUAUCUUUGGAAAUUAAUUGAUUACAAAAUGCAAAGAAGCUGCACUCCAGGCUGUUGGACAUUCCAUUUAAUCUGAAAAUACCACUUGUGCAGAAAUAAUAUCCUUUCAUGACCCUCCCUUUCCUUCCAUGUAACUAAGUCAUGGUUUUAUGUACCAAACCCAGGUAUAAAUGUUGUUUAACACAGGGUUAGGAGUUAGGAAUACUCUGAGUUUUAAUUAUGGUUCUGCUGUUGAUGCUCAAGGUCACAUUUCCUGAAUUUAUUCCUCAGUUUUAUAUCUAUGAAGAAUCUUCUCUACAUCAUAAUUGUUGAGAGGGUUAUUGAGCAAAGGUUUAGCAGUGAUUUGGUAAACUGCUUUGUGUCUUGAAUGUUUCUAAAGGCCGCUCUGAAGAGCCCAUGUCCUGCACCAAGCUUGCAUCCCAUGAAACAAUAUCUAUGUCCAUCAUUAAUGUAGUGCUGGAGCAGGACAGGCCUCCUUGGACCAGGUUCUCAUUUGCUGCAGGAGAUCUGUCUGUGUAAACAUGCACAGAGACACAAAACUGUGUUUUACCACAGCCUGCAUUGCCCAGGUGCUUCUAAUUCAAAUGCUGUAGCUGAUGCUUAAGUGAUACUCCCAUUUUGUUUUUAUGUUAGAAUUAGAGAGCCCUUUGUAAGUAUAUGGAUUUUGGAAUGACAUUCUAAAUUCUACAGAGUUAGAAGACCCAGAUUCCCUCUUGUAAGAAGCUACUUUUUGUACUUGCUCUCGACUAUUAUAAAUCAAGGAUGAAUAAUCAAUGGCUUUCUCUUUAUAGCACCAGCACUUUCUAAAUUGAGAGCAUGUUGCAGUGGACUUGAUGUUUUGCUAUUAAUCUGUGUUGGGAGACUGAAGGACAUGUUCUUCUCCAGUCAUCUCCUCCCAGAAUCCUGGAAUAGGUAUGAGCCUCAUUUAAAAGGAAAAACCAAUGAAACAAACAAACCCCACCACUAAAGCUUCAUGGAAUUGCUCUUGUUGUACUGGUAAGAUUAGCAGACAGGUAAAAACAGAACAUCUUAAAAAAGUGACAAAACAUUUUAAAAUACCUUACAAAUCUAGUGCUGAGACAACCCUGUAAGCUGCCAAGCAAAUCAGGAGAGAGCAGGUUUUCCAGUCAGCAUAACAAUUUGUUGGGAUUAGCAAGGGCAGCUGCAGUCACUGAUUUACUAAUAGCUCAUAAUUAAUCCACAAGGGAUAUUUCUGUUGAACUGAGGCUGUAUGCUGAAAGACAGAAGGUUUUGUUCCCAGUGUUCCUAUAUGCACUCAAAGAAGGUGCAUUAGUCAUAAAAUUCAACUCCAAAAGUUAAGUCCAGAGUACAGAAUAGUUUCAUCCUACAUGUAGCUCUCUGACUUUAGCGUUACAAGUGGGUUGAAUUUUGGCUUUCUCUAUCAGAAUUUAAUUUUGAGUGCUACAGAAUUUGACCUGGUGAAACAAAAGAAAAGCCUUUAUCUGUAAAUGAAGCCUUCUAAAACACUGUGUAUUCUGCUUGUCAAAGAAAAUGCUUACUAAGUUGUCAUGAAUACAUUGAAUAAAAACUACUUACUUCUCAGUCUAGUGGACAGGGAAACAAUUAGGCAGGAGGUUAACAGUCCUGAAAUGACAGUUCUAGAUCAUCCUAGUGUAAAUGGGAGAGAUUUGUACCAACACAGGAGGCUGGUGCAGGCUAGUGCCAGUAGGAGGUUGGGCAGAUCUUUAGCUGUGGUGUGUUUUCAGUGCUUUUUGCUUCUUUGGGGGCAUACCAUUCCAUUCUGGGCAGUAAUUUAAUCUACAUGCAAAUUCUUUUUAUUCUGUACUUUGGGAAAUGACUGUUUCUCAUAGAACAUGAGACAGAUCCAAGCUGAAAACUCAGCCUCACAGUUCAGAGUUCAAAGGGAGGUAUGUAGCAUGCCCUGAGCUGCAGUUUGUUGCUAUUACAUUUUAUUUUUAAUUGGCGUGUAAGUGUAUAAAUGAUAGUUCUGAUUUGGGCCACUCUCCUUUCCUUGCCUUCCCCUUUGGAGGGACUGCAAGCCAAUGUUUGAGUUGCUGCACAUGUCAAGAAGGAAACUUCAGUUCAUGCAAAUUUAUAUAAUCAGACUUAUAGUAUUUGUUUGUAUUAUAGGAGUCCCAUAACCUCUUAUCUGAGGCUCAGAGCCUUGUGUAUUAGGUAUGAUGAAAACAUCUUCAGAUAUUCAUAAUCUAAAUAAAGACAGACAAGAAUGGAAUAGAUGCUUAUAAGAGAAUGAGUGAAAGAUAAAGGACUAAAAACCACUUGCAUGCAUGCUUAAGUGUUGUGUUAAAUGUGGGGGCACAAACUUCAGGCUUCGUUUGUUGCCUGAAUUUAUAAAUGUUAAUCCGGAACAAAUGCAAGGUGAAGCAAUUUUAAGUGAAUUUAUUCCAUACUGAGUUGAAUUAGGUGACACAGCCUUGAAUUUGUCGCAUCUUAAAUGUGUGCAAAUGGUGUGGCUCACCUGACACAUGGCAAUGUACAUGUGAGCUCUCAAUCCUAAGUGAUUUGCCCAUGAUGAUAUGGGAAAUUGAUAGCAGAACCAGAAAUUGAACACAGAAUUUUCCUUCUCUCAAUCCAGUGCCUUAAUUAUAGUAGGGCAAAGUAUUAUAUGUUGGGGGGAUGGGUUUUUUUUUUUGGUUUUUAAAGCCUAGAACUAUUAAGAUGGUGUGGAGUUGGUCUUCCUGCCAAUCUUUUGAAUUAUUGUAAAUGCCCAGUCACAAUUUUAGACCUGUUUGAGUGCCAGUGACUUAGGGAAUAUUUGUUAUUUCCCAUGUAUUCCCUGAAAUUAUUGUUCCUCCCUCAACUGCUGUCAGCAGUAAGGAAUGACUUGAAUAGAAGAGCUGUGUAACUGAAUGUCUAUAACUCAACUAAUUGAAUUGCUAGUAUGAAAGCUAACCUAGAUUUUGUAGGCUCUGUUGUAACUUUAGUGUCUUGUUUUUUCACUAAAUCUUUGUUCCUAGAAUUCAAUAUCUAAACUUACGUCUUGAGUCGGGAGUGGGGUACCACUUUCAGCUUUAAUUUUUUUUAAGGUGCUUGCUUGAGGAAGUAGAUGCCAAAGUAAACUUCAAAGGAACUCCAGACUUCAGUGUUGGAAGAAUGAAUGGAGAACAAGAGCUCUCCUUGGGUUUCAUGAGAGAUAAAUGGACAAAGUAAAAAAACAGCCACCAAAAUUCUAAGUAAUGAAACAGGAAAGGCUUUUCUUUACCACUCACAAAAAUAAUAAAAUAUUUUCAGUUGUCACCAUGGCAGAACGUCUGAGAGCGAGUGCCAGACAGCACCAUGGAAUAUGCUGGCUUUUUCAGCAUUAUGAUUAUACCUUAACAGCAUCAUCAAUACCCAAAUGUAAAUUAAGCCAGCUUAGUACUGCUCACCUUUUUCUUGGGCACAAUACCUUAGUGUUAUUUGAAUAGACCAGAAGCUCACAGUGAAUCUAUGAGCUUAGGCUGUCAGUUCUACCCUGAGAGACAAACCAAAUGAGCAAAGAGGGGGGAAAAAAAACCACUAGGAAAACUUAAAAACAGAUUCUGGAAGGCUCCAGUGUCUCCUGAAAGAGCCAUGUUUUUUUAUCCUGAACAUGAUUUUCAAAACAAGAUCUUUCAGCUGUUGUGAAUGAGCCCUUGGGAACAGAUGUGGAUUCCAGCCCAAUCUGCUGCAGCUCCCUGUCUCUGUGAGAAGGCAGCAUGUUCCAGAGCACUGAGCCUGGGAGCACAGGGAGGGACCAGGCAGUGCUCCUGGGCUGCAGGCACAGGUACUGCUACAGUCAGCACCAGCACUGGCAAAGGGUCGACUGGCUGCUGCCUUCACCCUCAUCCUGUGCAGUGUGCUGCCUGCUCAGACGUGUGCAGCUCUGCAAAUAACUGUUGGCUGUAAAACAAAGCAGGGAGCUAUUUGGCUAAACAGAAAAAAGAGAAAGUACCACUUCAAGAGUGCUAUGGCGUAAGUCAGUGAUGCAGCCCAGGAGCCCUGGCUGUGAGGGGUUGUGGUGAUGGUUGGAAUGGUUAUGGCACGUCAGUGAGAAACCACAGCUGUGCACUCUGUGGUGGCAGGCAGUGAUGGCCUGCUUGCCAAGAAUGAACACCCUGUGUCAUCUCUAGCCUCUUCCUGUACUGUGUUCUUGUCUGUAAGAUGAGAUUAUGAUAACCUUUGGGUAAGAAUGUGACAUGCUAAAUUGUGCUGCACAACUAUGCUGCUGAACUCUUACAAAUGUUUGGCCUCACUGACUUCAGGUGUAAUGCAAAGUUAAACAUUUGGCCACAUUUUUCCUGAAAGGUGUGAUACAUAAAUUAAUUUAUAGAGUGCCUGGCACUAUUGAUCUGCUCUCAGGGUUUAUGUGAAUGAAGCUUUUCCUGGGUGGCCUCCAUACUUGUACUGCAGUUUUGGAGACCUGGAAGUGCUCUGACCUAUGCUGAAGGAAGGAGGUAACUGGAGUCUCACUGAUGUUCCAGUGACUCCCUCCCAGCUCCUGGGUUCCAUGUGGACCAUGGAGUCACUUCAUGCAGCCACUGGCAGCCAUAAAUGCUCUUGAGCAUCCUGCAGUCACAUAGUGACCUUGGGUAAGUGAUUUUAUAAUAAAUCAGUCUUAUGCUUGCUAAUACCUUUUUGGCUGCUGUGUCUACAAACUGGUGCCUUCUCCAGGCAAAUUUUACAUGCCCUCUGCAAAGUUGUCAGACUGACUGCUGGCUCUUAAGGAAUCAACCAAGCCUUGCUCUUGGGCUCAGAAUUUUUCUUCGGUACUGUUGUAAUCUGAAAGUUUGCUGCAAUUAGUGCAAAUACCAGAGUAAGAGAGAAAAUAAAAGGCUGUUCUUAGAUGUCUUGUAGAGUGAACAACUGAAACAUGAGUGUGGGAUGAUCCAGGAAAACUGGCAUUUUAUCCCUGGCUGCACGCCAUAUGGAAGAGACAGUGCCUUGGAAGGGAAGGAGCAGAAAAGUUGGCCAUUGGCUCUGAUGAAUCCCAAUCCUGCUUCUACUGAAGUUGUUGGGAAUCUUCCCAUUGUCUUCAGUGGAGCAAGAAAGGAUCUUAGGUGAGGAUGGAUGACUCUUUCCCUACUUGAAUGAAGUCUCUUGCCUAUUUAUGGGCCUGCUUCUAUUGAAACCGAGCCUGUUUUAGCCUUUUUGGGUUCUUAGGGACCUGUUUGUAUAAAGCAACUUACCUACCUAUCUUUUUUUUUUUUUUCUAUUGUGUGUAUUUUUUGUAUGUUCUGUUGGAAGGUGAAGCCUCUGUAGAAGGGGAUACAAAACCUGAUUUUUAAAUAGUAAUAAACCAAAAGAGAAUUAAACUCUGCAGGCUGCAUGCAUUCAUUUCCUGAAGAUGGAGAGUAGAGACCAUGAGUGCACACAGAGAUGGCCUGGACUUCUUGUAUCUCAAAAUCUUCCCCUUUUCAGAGACAGCUCUGCCUUUGCACAUUUCCACAGCUCUAUGUGAGAAUUCAUAGUGUGGUUGCAACAUUGUGUAUCAGGAUGGUCUUAUUUCCACUAGGAAAUCCUUUCUCUGGCACUUUGUGGUGAGAUUUCUUGUUUUAGGAUAAGUGGAUGGAGUAACAACUAUCUGUGAAAUUUGGUAUUGUCUUCACUGAAUGGCAGUGAAAUAAAAUUGAAGUCAUAUAAAUAGA